AUGGCGGCUGAGAUAGCUUCACGCGAAUCGAGCUCUUUGAUAUCGUGUGAUGUCCCCGGGUUUCAGCCGUCGCCUUUCGCUCCUCAUGCGGCACGGAGCGCUGUCCUGUCGGCCGAGUUUCAGUUCAGUCGCUGCUUCAGUAAGAUAAAAGCUCUGCGCUACGCGGACAGUCCGGGCUUCAGAACCGAGCUGAACCUGCUGCUGGACCAGCUGAUCUCUGAGAACUACACCAGCAGUUUCACACAGGAAAACAUACGAGCACAGGAUGUCUGUGGGCUGCUUGUGCACGCCAGCCGAUUGGUUCCUCACAGCCAGGAACAUCUCGUUGUCAAACUGUGUCAGCUGAUUCACCAACUUCUAAAUCAACUUCAGGUCAUCGUAGACGAGCAGGCGUUGGAUGCGCUCGUGACGUAUUGCAUACGCGCUCUGCACACGUGCAGCACAUGGACACACACAGAGAUCCUGCUCGCGCUCUCCUCAGUGCUGUACGCCAAUGGAGCCAAGUGUCAACGGCACCUUUCAGAUCUUCUUGGGCAGAAUGGCAUUCUUCUGAAGUACGGUGAUCCCAGUCAGAGUGAUGUCAUGCUCCAACGCGCUGCCGUACACUGCAUGGCCAACCUUUGCAUCAGUGUUCCUGGUAGUCCCUUUUUAGAAGAACCGUACAAAGGUGUGUGUUACAGAAUCUUUCUGCAGACCCUUCAGUCACGAAAGCCUCCCAGCAUGGAAGAUCUGGUCUUCUGUACGUUGUUGCAAAGUGCUCUAAAGGGGAUGCAGUAUUUCCUGAAUAUGGGGAAAUGGAAGGCUAGCCCCGAUCAGGACCUGGGGUGCCUGUUGGCCGUGCUUAAGAAAUUCAUGUUUCAUGGGCUGCCAGGAAUAAAUGUGGAGAUGCCACCAGUUCUGUACCCGGCGCCUCUCCCUCAGUACGACGCUGUUCCUGUGAACAAUGUCGAACCUGCGCAGGACGUUCCAGCUCAGAGGAAAACACCAGCUGCCCAACAGAACAAAAAGCGGAAGUCUCGCGGGAAAGGCAAGAAAGCCAAAGAAGAUAGGAAGACGGAGGACGGAGCAGAGGAGGGUGAUGAUGAUGAGGCGAGUUCGACGCCUCUUAGGAACGGAGUGAACGGAGGACCAGGACGAGGAGAGCAUCAGAUUGUCUGGCCUCCAACUUCGACUGAACCUAAUCUGCCUCUCCAGCCAGGAGCAAGCCGUCAGCUCUACCCGUCCUGGAAGAAAGGGAGCUCAGACUCGGAGUUCUCCGAUCCUGAGGGUGGAAUUGCGUCCAAACUCAGGCUGUACCUGGCUCGAGUGCGUCAGAGCGCCCUGCAGUGUUUCCUGGCCGUAGCCAAGUGUGUCGAAAAGAGGGUUCUGUACGGCUACUGGUCCUCCUUCAUCCCUGACGCUCCAGGCAUCGGCAGUCCUCCUUCGCUCACCCUCGUCACUAUUGCUCUUAAAGACCCGUCCCCGAAGGUGAGAGCGGCGUCGCUGCAGGUGCUCUCAGCUCUUCUGGAAGGUUCUCGUCAGUUUCUCUCAGCGGCCGAGGACACCAGCGCACCCCGGCAAGCUUUCACUCCGUUCUCGGCCACUCUGGCUGCCAGCUUGAGGGAGCUGCACCGAUGCCUUGUGCUCGCGUUACUAGCCGAGAGUUCCUCUCAGACCCUCACACAGGUCAUAAAGUGCCUUGCCCACUUAGUGUCCAACGUGCCCUACAGACGCUUAAGGCCAGGCUUGCUCAGCCCUCUGUGGAAACAGAUUCGCCCCUACAUCCGUCACAGGGAUGUGAACGUGCGGGUGUCCAGCCUUACUCUCCUGGGUGCCAUCCUCUCUGCUCAGGCCCCCCUCCCUGAAGUGCAGCUCCUCCUUAAACAGCCUUCCUCUACUAACACUUCAGCGGACGCGAAGGGGGCCGAGGAGGGUCCGUGCUGGCUGCUGCAGGUGUGUGUGGCUCUGGUUACUCAGCCGAGAGAAGAUUCCUGCUCCGACAGCGACACCUCGGCAGCUGCAGCAACCUCUGGUUCACUGGAACCUUCUCCUGUCCGGCUCGAGGCGCUUCAGGUUUUGGCUCAUCUGGUGAAGGGCUACUUCUGUAUGGCUCAGGGAUCUUUGCUGGAGUUGGGGCAGCUCGGUGCUCGCUGUCUUCGAGAACAGGACCCGUCUGUGCAGUUGCAUGGAGCGAAGCUGCUGGAGGAACUGGGCACUGGAAUUAUCCAGCAGUACAGAGCCGAUCCCAGUACCACCGAGAGUGUCACUCCUGUGCCAGUCACCCAGGUGGUGCAGUUCUGGUCUGAGGUUCUGACCGGUCCGCUGAUUGGAGCCUUGCAGAAUGAGCAACACCCGACAUUACAGACUAGCGCAUGCGACACGCUGUCCUCCAUCUUGCCGCAGGCUUUCAGUCAGCUUCCGGACAAGACUCAGGUUCUGUGUAUCACACUGUUGCUUGGGCUGACGUACAGCGAGAACUCCUUAGUGAAAGCGGCAGCAGUGAGAGCUCUUGGUGUCUACAUUCUCUUCCCCUGUCUCAGAGAGGACGUGAUGUUUGUGGCAGACACGGCUAAUGCCAUCCUCACCGUUCUGGACGAUCGCUCACCCAAUGUCCGUGCCAAGGCUGCCUGGUCGCUAGGCAACCUCACCGACACACUCAUCGUCAACAUGGAGUCUGUUGGCCAGGAUUUUCACGAGGAGCUCUCCGAUAUGCUGCUUCUUAAGAUGCUCAGAUCUGCCACCCAGGCAUCUGGUGACAAAGACAGGGUGAAGAGUAAUGCAGUGCGGUCUCUGGGGAACCUGUUGCACUUCCUGCAGCCGUCGCACCUAAGUAAGUCGGCGUUCACACAACCUCUCGAUCAGGCCAUGAGGGCUCUCAUAGACACGGCCAGAGGGGACGCUACCAUGAAGGUGCGCUGGAAUGCCUGCUACGCUCUCGGCAACGCUUUCCAAAACCCCGCCUUACCCCUGGGCACUGCGAGCUGGUCCACCGAGGCCUACUCCGCUCUCUCCUCCAUCGUCACCUCCUGCAAGAACUUCAAAGUCCGUAUUAAAUCCGCCGCGGCUCUCUCCGUCCCUGCUAAACGUGAUCGCUAUGGAGACGAGCAUCAGUUCGCUAAAGUGUGGCGAGCCUUGGCUCAAGCUCUCGAACAUAGUGAAGAAACCCAGGAUUUUCUCGAAUACCGCUACUGCGCCAGCCUGCGCUUCGAGCUCUGCCACGCUCUCCUUCACCUCCUGUCCCUGUGCCAAACCAGAGAUCUGCCCGCAAUCGGAGCAUCGCUGAGCAGCCAGCCGAGAACCGCGCUGCAAGGAUUCUUGGUUCAUUACCUCACUGAAGUAUCUUUAGGCCCCGGGCACGAUAUCAUUGACGGAGAAGACGCAGGACGCCAGACGGAGCCGACUGACAGACUGAAGCUGCUGGAUCAGAGCCUGAUCGGACUCAAGGAGCUGGAAGGUGAUGAAACUGUGAGCAGGUCUGACCUCGACACGGUCACCGGGUUCCUUCAGGAUGUCCUGAAGACCUGCGAAGGUUUAAAGGUGUUCGAUGGAGAUGACGCAGCACAAACCAGCAAUAACGCGCAAUAGAAGCUUUUAUGAAAUCGCUGCUAUCUGUUAUUCAUAAAUAUUUAAUGGUAAUAAAACUCGGUUUAAUCAAGAUGUGUAUAGCGUAUACAUGUUACAUCAUAUUUGUCUGAAUGAGCUACUUUGAUCAAGCUUGAUUUAAGGAAACAUGCUGCAUUUAAUGUGUGACAUGGUCACUGUUCACUUUAAUAGGAACACCCUUACACCAAUUCGUUCAUGCGGAUAUGCAGUCAGCCAGCCAUGAAGUAGUUGAAAACUUAAAGAUGACCUCUUUUCUCAUCUUUACCUGUCCAUUUUUUUUAUUUUCAGCUCAACAUGUUUGUAAAGAGUAGUCAUGUGACUUACUGUAGCCUUCCUUUUACUCAUUUCCAUCUGCAGAACUUGUAUUUACUUUGGGAAAGUUGAAGAAACAUCACACUUUUUUACAUUUUUUAAACAUUUCUAAUAAUUCAUCUACACUGCAGCGCUGCCACAUAACCGGCUGAUUAAAUGAUUGCAUGAAUGCGCAGGUGUUUCUUAUGCAAGCAUAUUUAACAGCAUUAUGCCAAGUCUGCAUCUAUAUAUAUCACAAAUGAUUUCAUGCACAGCGAUCCAAAUGGUGAUGCUUUGUUUUUUUUCCUGCCCACUUUUGUCCAAUCAGUUUUCCCCUUUUAUAAGGUUAGACUGAAAACGGUUUACCUUUACACACCCUAACAUGUCGACUUUGUCGCAAGUCAGCAUGCUCAACUGACUAUCUACUGAAGACACAUAAAGAAGCAGUAGUGUUUUUUUUUAAGUUCUGGUCCUUGGUUUGGUUUGUGUAGCUGUGGUGAACAGCAGAGGGCGAUGUAGAGCUGUUAGAACAAGCUUGGUUAAGAGGGUGGGGUUGUAAUUGAUUUAACUGCAGCACAUUUUAUUAUUAGGAAUCAAGAAUAAAGAUUAUUUACCUGUUUAUAAGCAAUACAAGCUAUAUUUGUAAUGGCGUUUUAAUAUGUAUUACUGUUUUCUGAAAUGAAAUGAAUUCAUGGAAAAGUGUUGUUUUG